ACGCCAGAGCAAGAUGGCCGACGCGGCGGCCACUGCCGGGGCUGGCAGCUCCGGAACGAGAUCAGGAAGUAAACAGUCCACUAACCCUGCUGAUAACUACCAUCUGGCCCGAAGGCGAACCCUGCAAGUGGUUGUGAGCUCCCUGCUGACAGAGGCAGGGUUUGAGAGUGCUGAGAAAGCAUCUGUGGAAACAUUGACAGAGAUGCUGCAGAGCUACAUUUCAGAAAUUGGGAGGAGUGCCAAGUCUUACUGUGAGCACACAGCCAGGACGCAGCCCACACUGUCAGAUAUUGUGGUCACCCUUGUCGAAAUGGGUUUCAAUGUGGACACUCUCCCUGCUUAUGCAAAACGGUCUCAGAGGAUGGUCAUCACUGCCCCUCCAGUGACCAAUCAGCCGGUGACCCCCAAGGCCCUCACUGCAGGACAGAACCGACCCCACCCGCCACACAUCCCCAGCCAUUUUCCCGAGUUCCCCGACCCCCACACCUACAUCAAAACUCCGACGUAUCGUGAGCCUGUGUCGGACUAUCAGGUCCUGCGGGAGAAGGCCGCGUCCCAGAGACGAGAUGUGGAGCGGGCACUCACCCGUUUUAUGGCCAAGACCGGCGAGACCCAGAGUCUUUUCAAAGAUGAUGUCAGCACGUUUCCCUUGAUUGCUGCCAGGCCUUUCACCAUCCCCUACCUGACCGCUCUUCUUCCGUCUGAGCUGGAGAUGCAACAAAUGGAGGAGACGGAUUCCUCGGAGCAGGAUGAGCAGACAGACACAGAGAACCUCCCUCUGCACAUCAACACGGCUUGUACUGAAACAAGUUUCUGAUUCUCUGAACAUCACCUGACAGUGCCUGGGUACAAGUAGGGAGCAGCUGGCCUGAGGGUAAAGAUUUCCCAUGGGCACUCUCACUCCUGGAAUCAAGUUCAAGGUAUUUUUCUUCCUCUUGAAGCAGGGGGCUCACUGUCAUCUCCAUUUUAUUAUUUUUUUUUCCUACUUUACUAAAAAGUUAUUUAAUUUUGAAUAGAUAAUAUAUGUACACAGUAUAACAUUUAAAAGACAGAAAAAGAUAUAAGUAUCUUUUAUACUUAUAAAAGUAUAAGUAUACUUAUACUUUUUUUCCUCCCCUCUCUCCCAGACUCUCAGUUCCCUUCCUCGGAGGCCUCCAGUAUGUUGAUAUCAAUAUUAUCUUAUGUAUUUUCCCAGAACUAGUCUAUGCAUUAAACACAAAUGCCCGUAUAUACUUUCUUCCCUUUUUAAAUAAUGAUAGAUACUAUCCAUGUUUAACUAUCCAUGUAUAAACUAUCCAUGCUUUUUAUUUCCCACUUCUCAAAGUAUAUUUGGUGAUAGUUCCAUGCUAAUAAUAAAAAGCUUCUUUCUGUUUUAUGGCUGCAUCGUGUCCCAUCGUAUGGCUUUACUGUAGCUUAUUUAUUUAACCUGCUCCCGGUGGAUGGACACUUAGGUAGUUUCCAGCCUUUUGUCCUUUCAAGUGUCGAUGCGAUGAGUGGCUUUGUGUCUCUGUGAUUUCACUGCAUGUGCCUACUAACUGGACAGAUGUGCAAGUAGGUGUGCCUUCCAGAGCCUCUUUCCACCCCCAUGCUCAGACAUCUCUGACCGCCUUCACCAAAGCCUGCUCCCUAGUGGUCAUCACACUGGGAGGCCUUCAAAGUAAAAGCAGCUGAGGGACCAGGCUCUAAAGCCAGAUUACAGGGUUUCUCAACCUCAGUACUACUGACAUUUUGGGCUGGCUUUGCUUGUUGUAGGACAUUUGGUAGUAAUUGUGACCUCCACCUGCUAAAUGCCCUUAGGAGCCUCCCAGGUCUGACAAAAAAAUGUCUCCAGACAUUGCCAAAGGUCCCCAUCCCCAUAAGAACCACUGAGUUAAAAUUAGGCACCAGGGCUGCGUGUUCAGACACCAGUGAGAGGCCUGUGGAAAAGAAUUGGCAAUAGUAGAGAUUAUUUUUCCCUCUCAAAUCAGAAUAUGUCUUCUUCAACGGUUUCCUUUGUUUAAUUUCUUCGCGGCCAGACCACAGGAAUGUUCUAGAAGACAGUGUGUGUAACAACACUUCAGAGCUUGCAUAGGAAUCCUGGCUGUGCAGCUUGCUAGCUCUGUGACCUUGGGCAAGUUACUUAGCCUUUCCCUCUGUUUUCUCAUCCAUAAACUGGGGAUAAUAAAAAUACCUACAUCCUGGGCUGUUGGGAGGGUUCCUUGAAAUUAUAUGCGUGAAUGCUCGGAACUGCCUGGUACAUAACAAGUUGUGGCAGGAUAGGUUCCCGGGAGACUGAGAUUUGUGUGCAGGACGUGUUUGGGGAGAGCCUUACCCCUGCGGGGUAAGGAGGGGAGGCGGCGGGACAGAGGGAGAAGCUGGGCCGCCCUGGGGAGCCCUGGAGCUAUGAGGCAUCUUCAGAGGUGUCCUGAGUUGGAAGGAGGGACCGUCAGCGAAUGUGGGCCACCCCCAGGGAGCAGGCAUGACCUUGGGUGAGCUGGCUGUCUCGUGGAAAGAGCAGCUGCAUGGGGUCGGGAGAUGGGAUGAAUUGGGAGAUUGGGACUGACAUAUAUACACUAAUAUGUAUAAAAUGGAUAACUAAUAAGAACCUGCUGUAUAAAAAAAUAAAUUAAAUUAAAUUUAAAAAAAAAAAAAAAAAAAGCAGUUGCAUGGAAAGGACGGUCCAGGAAAGGACCCAGCUGAGCGCAGUCAGCCGCUGGGGGAGCCACAGCUUCGGUCCUAAAAAGGGAGGGGGGUCAGGGCAGCAGCAGGGCGUCCACGGUGUGAGUGCUCAUUGGCCAGUAUUAUGAGGCCAAUAGCAGCAAUAGUGCUUCUACACUGUGGACACCAGGAAUGACCGCCAGCCUAACAGCACCCCGUGCCUCCUUUCAGUACCCUGCUUACCCCUACCCUGCUCUCGCCUCUUACUGCCCUUGCAGGAGAGGGGCUCAUACCCACCCCAGCCACAGUGCCCUUGAGGCAGAGGGCAGAGCAGCCCGUGCUGGUUGGCUCUUCCCCAUUCUCCAGCUCUGUGGCCUAGGCCAGGUCGCUUGGCCUGUCGGGAAUUUAGCUUCUUCACUGGUACCUGGAUGCUGCCUGCCCAGAGAGGGGUGGGAUGAUUAAAUGGGAUACUGCACAGCAGCAGUUCUCGAAGUUCGGUCCUUGAGUCAUCAGGACCGGCAGCUGCAUCUGGGGACUUGUUAGAAAUGUGAAUUCUCAGGACCCACUGUGAACUCACUGCAUCAGGAGCUCUGGGAACGAGACCCAGGGAUCUGUGUUUUCACAAAGGUCCUCCAGUGUUUCUGAUGCACGCUCUAUUCUGAGAAAUACUGCCAGACGGGGCAGCACUUAGCUCCGUGCCAGGAUCCUAAGGGGACCCCUGUCAACCUCAGCAGAAUCUGAACCUGAACUCCACCUCAUGGGCUUGAGGUCAGGCACCUGUGAGUAGAGUGCCACCUGCUGGUUACAACCUGCCUCGCGUGCACACACGAGAUUCACACAAGGGAUUCAGGCUAGACCCAUGGGGCAAGGACAGCAGUGCUCCACACCAAGGCAAGUGACACAGACAUCCUUUCCUCACUCUCCUCCACUCUCCCUGGAGAAAUCAGGUUAAAGUGAAUGUCAGGGGCAGCUUUAAAUGGCCAAGAGGUCACCAAAGAUAUCUGCAUUGUGUGUGUUUGUGUCAGCAAUAACAGGUACCCUUUCCCAAGGGUUUGAGUGUCAGACACUGUAGAAACAGGCAAACAGACAGCAGCCCUCCUUCCUCUGCAUGCUUGUGCAUGCACUCCCUCCAGGGUCACAGGGCUGAGGGAAGCCUUGAUGACCUGGUCACAGGCCAGCAAGGAGGGCCAACCACAGUGCUGAGCAACAAACGGUGUGUCCCAUGUGGUCACCUGCUCUGUUUGACCACCCAGGUCCCCUGGGUGGGAGAACUUUGAAUUCUCCUGCUUUAUAUUCCC